AGUACAGUUACUUUAAGCAAGAAUAUCUGACGAAACAUCUUAAAGACAAUUAUACGCAAUGCUUCAACCUGUUUCGAAACUUGUCACAUGUUGGGUUUACAGUGUAUAUUUGUUGUUUGGAAAUCCAACUUUGGCACAGUCCGGUGUGUACCAAGGGUGUUUUGCUGAUAGCCCCAAUAGAACAAUGUUAACUAGCACUACUAACAAUGACAUGACAAUAAUUUGGUGUAUACAAUAUUGUCACGAACGUCGCUACCUGUACGCUGGAUUGCAGUAUCGGUUCCAAUGUUUUUGUGGUGACGAUAAUUAUUCCAGGUUGGGUCAACGACCCGAAAGUGAAUGUGGACUGACUUGUAGCGGUAAUUCGGAAGAAAUAUGUGGCGGUAGUUGGCGAAACUCUGUCUAUACCACAGGGACCUUACGAUUAUGA